UUUGGUUCCACCAUGUUUUUGAAAAGAAACACCCGGCUGCUGGUUGUUCUACUCUGUUUUCUGACCUUGUGGUGCAAGUCGACCAGCGCAGGCUCCAGUUUCCUCAGCCCUUCACACAAACCUCCGAAGGGGAAACCUCCGAGAGCCGGACGCCAAAUCACAGAGGAGCAGAAUCAACCCACCGAGGAGCAUCCCAUCACUGUGAGUGCCCCAUUUGAAAUUGGCAUCACCAUGACACCAGAGGACUUUGAGGAGUACGGCGUGUUGCUGCAAGAGAUCGUUCAGCGUCUGCUGGGAAACACGGAGGCAGCAGAGAGACCAUCUUAA